AUGGACCCUUUUCUUUACACACCAGAGAAGUCCUCACAGUACCACCCUUGGAGUACCCUCCAUUCGGACCCCCAUACACAACAACUCCAUCGUACUCCGCGUGGAGACGCCAACUCCGAUCUUCAACUCGAGAGGAUCAACGUCUAUUACAAUGAGGCUUCCGGCGGCCGGUACGUCCCUCGCGCCGUCCUCAUGGAUCUUGAGCCCGGUACCAUGGACAGCAUCCGAUCCGGUCCGUACGGCCAGAUCUUCCGCCCUGACAACUUCGUCUUCGGCCAGUCCGGUGCCGGCAACAACUGGGCCAAAGGUCAUUACACCGAAGGUGCCGAGUUGAUCGAUUCCGUUCUCGAUGUUGUUCGCAAGGAGGCCGAGAAUUGUGACUGCCUGUUGAGGCCGAGAUGUUAA